ACACUAGACACGUGAUGGAAUAAACGAUGACGUCAGCUCGUGACGGUGUGUGUUCGUCACAAACUCUGAGUCGUGGUCGUGAUGUGCGGAACUUUUCCUUCUCGACCCCUUUUUUUUAAUCUUUCCUCCAUUUAACUUCUCCCUUCAGACACCGAGGCUGCGGUGUCACCUUCAUCUGACUCCGCAGGUUUAAAGAGUUUGAGGCCGGAACCGAAACAAGUUGUAAAAAAAAACUGCCUGAAAAAAUCAAUUCUGAUUUCUUUCAUCGAUUCUUUUUUAUAUUCGGAUUUAUUUUUGUUUUCAAUUAACGAAUCAGCUGCAAGUGAGUCACGAAAGUGUUUCAAUAAAACAACUGGAGCAAAAAUUCCCUUUUGGCCGGAAGCUCUUGUGACAAGCGACUUCCUGGCACAGCUUUCAAAAUAAACAUGAAUUACAAAACCUUUAAAUUGAAAGGGUAACGUUCGAUACAACAAUAUUAUUAUUUCAUUGUUUUAAAUCACACAAAUCCACAAUCUUGACAUUUUUUGGACACAUGCACCUUAAAAUGUGACGGACAGUGAAUUCGAUCCCUGGAUUUAAUUUGGUAAAACAAUUUGCAAGCUAAAUUAUGUUAUAGUUGGGAAGAAUUGUGAAGACGCAAGGACACAACGUAUUGAUUCUCUCUCCUCGUCGAUGUUACAACUCUUCUCUGCUCAUUCUGAGACUCUUUGGGCUGUUUUCUCUAUUUUGUCCUCAGUGUCCUCAAAGAGAGUCUCUUGGUGCUGUGCUUUCCUCUGUCAGUUAUACAUCUCUGAGCCCAGGAGGUUCCCCGGAGGGGGUAGUAGAUAAUUUUGCACCAUAGACUUUACAUAAAGAUGGAUGAUACAUUGCUGCUUCCUUCUUCAUUCCAGAAAUGUGUUUUUAAAUGUGCGGCGGGAGCCAGGAACCGUCUGUACGCUGCAAUCUUGUGUUCUUAAAACAUCAUAUGACUAAUUAAUAUUUGAAAUGUAUUCAACCUGAAUUAUUACUCUCCACUUUGGUCCGUGUCCAUACCAGUCACUGGAAAGAGGCAGGACUCAUGACCUGUACUGCAGCCAGCCACCAGGGGGCGACAAUGACGCUUUGGCUUCACUUUUCUAGAGCUGACAUGAGCUUUUAUAAACGGUCCAGUUAGCCAGCGGGUUUUAUUUUGACACUCCCGUCGCAUGACUUCCGGUGUGGUUAUCCGGUAACUUCCACGGCUCCGUGUCUCCGGGAUCCUCUGAGCUGUCUGACCCGGGCCAACACGAAGCUAAGUCGGGGUUCUGGCCUUGUCCUUCGCCGCUGUCGUUAACCGGAGCCCCGGUUCAGCACCGGCGCCUCGCUCGGUAAACCCCGGUCUCUCCGGUACGAGGACCGACAGACGAACCGGCUCCAGGCGGAGUGAGGAGCACCGCAGCCAGGCUAAAGCUAAACCGUGUCAGGAGCAGGUAACAGCCACGUUAGCUCGGGGGCUAACCGGGUUAUCUCUGACACGGUUCAUCGUCCCGACACCUGAACCAUCGCGUUGUCUGGCUCGGUGUCCCCGUUAAAUGAGGACAACAAGACCCCGGUUCGUCUGCGCGACGUCCGCUUGACUCGGACACGGACACAUGAGGCCCCGCUGAAACAUGGACCUGAACUUCUAUUCGGAUCUAACGGACGGUACCGGGCCGCACGACGGGGACCCGGAGUUCCUGGACCCGCAGUCCUUCAACGGCUUUGACUCCGACAACAAGUUUCCCGGCGGCAGCGACAACUACCUGACGAUCCCCGGGUCCGGUCAUCCCUUCCUCUCCUCCGCUGAGACCUUCCACACUCCCAGCCUCGGCGAUGAGGAGUUCGAGAUCCCCCCCAUCUCUCUGGACCCGGACUCGGCCCUCACCGUGUCCGAUGUGGUGUCCCAGUUCGGGGAGCUGUCGGACACCGGGCCCCCCGACAGUGUGGUGGCCCCCGGGAACGCGGUGGUGGAGGGGGACGACCCCUCGUUCGCCUCCACCUUCGUGAACGCCGCCUCUCAGGGGCUGGAGCACCUGACUCUGGGCGUCAUGAACCAGUCGGGAGGAAGUGCUCUGCUGGGGUCAUCGCUGGGAAUGGAUCUCGGCCAUCCCAUCAGCUCCCAGUUCGGCAGCUCGUCUCCAGUGACCAUCGACGUCCCACUGGGGGACCUGAGCCAGGGCCUGCUGGGCUCCAACCAGCUGACCACCAUAGACCAGUCUGAGCUCAGCGCCCAGCUGGGGCUCGGACUGGGAGGAUGCAACAUACUGAAACGCUCCCACUCGCCUGAACACCCGCUGUCGGCCACGGCGUCGCCCACCAGCUCGCUGCAGGACGACGACAUGGACGACUUCAAACGAAGCGUCCUGGUUGAGUCUCCGGUGUCCAUGGCCGUCUCCUCUGGGGUCAUCUCCCUCGACCCCUCCAUGUCCGAUUCCUCGUUCUUCACGCAGACCGCGUCUCCAGCCUUCGUUCAGAAAACAGGAAGAGCAGUAGUGAAGCUGGAGAAGAUUCCGAAAGACCCCAACAAGCCUCAGAAACCGGUUUCGGCGUACGCAUUGUUCUUCAGGGACACGCAGGCGGCGAUUAAAGGACAAAAUCCCAACGCUACGUUUGGAGAAGUCUCUAAGAUCGUGGCGUCCAUGUGGGACAGCCUGGGGGAGGAGCAGAAACAGGUUUACAAGAGGAAAAACGAGGCGGCAAAGAGGGAUUACUUGAAAGCGCUGGCGGAGUACAAGGCCGGCCACAGUUCUCAGGCUCCCAUCGAAGUCAUGGACACGGCCCCCUCGCCUCCACCUCCAGCUCCAUCACCCGCCCUCGCCCUUCGCUCCACCAGGUCCCAGCAUUACAACCCAGAGGAGAACACCAUCACCAACAUCUGCACCUCCAACAUCAUCCUGGACCUGCCCCAGGUCACCACGCGCUCCCGCACCGGCGCCAACAAACCCCAACCUCCGCCUGCCGCCCCGAACCCCCCCACCGUCACAAAGAUCAUCAUCAAACAGACGCAGUUGCCCUCCGGCGCCGUAUCGGUCACGGCGACCGCUGCCUCGUCGCCGCGCCAGCCGCCUCCUCUGCAGCAGAUGCAGAGCACGCCGCCCCCGCCUCGGCUGCAGCAGAUGGUCCACGCCCAGGCUCCUCCCCCUCUGCAGGCCAAGCCGCGAGGCGGGGGUGCAGCGGCUGCCACUGCUCCUCCACCGCUACAGAUUAAGGUCGUCCCAUCGUUGCGACAGUCGGAUUCAAUCACACCGGUGAUUAUGACGGCGGGGGGGGAAACGCCUACGUCCCCGACACUGAUGAUGGAGCUGGGACAGUCGGCUGCAGUGGUGACAGGACGAGAGGAAGUGGCAGAUGUAGAAGAAGGGAUGGAGGUGGAGGUGAACGUUGCCCCCGGCCCAAGCCUGACUCCGGCCUCCAGUCCCGACAUGUGCCAGCGAGCCGGCUGCACCAACCCGGCUGUGGAGAGCACCGACUGGGACAAGGAUUACUGUAGCAACGAGUGUGUCGCCACUCACUGCAGAGACGUGUUCAUGGCCUGGUGUGCGAUCCGAGGGCGGAACUUCACCACCGUCACAUAGGGGGAGGCCCAGCUGACGUCAGAGUGACACAGAGACAAAGACAAAGAGGAUCCAUGAAAUGCAAAUGAACGGAGGAAUAACUGAAUGAGUGGAUGAAAGCCAGAUCGGGCUCAGGUACCUGCGGUAGUGUUUUUUGUUGUUCUCCCAUCGUGUCCCGUCAGAUGGGAGAACAGUCGAACAGGAAGUGGUUUUCAAAGAUGAACUCUCCUGUGAAUCUCUCAUCCGCCACAAACGACUUCAGCUGAAUUUUUUUUUUUUGAAUACAUCAGUCGGGACUGACGGCUCAUAAUGAGAUGAAUGGAUAAUUUAAUAAUAUGGACGGACACAGAAAGAGAGACUCUGCUCUGCUGCUCCGAACUAUUGAUCAUGUGUUGUGAAUUUAAAAUAUGGACUUGAGGAAAGAAAAAUCUAACAUUUUAUAUGUACUUAUUGUGUUUUUAAUUAUUUUGAAAAGGUUAAAAGUGCAGGAAGGAAAUUGUGAUCCUGCAAAUGAGUUUCAGUUUAUUAUAUUGAUUUAAAGAAAUUCUUUACGGUCACACUGGGGACAUUUUUUAUUCAGUUAUUUAUGGGGCGUUUCUGUGUUGACGGGCCGGAGGAUUCUACUCAAUCCAGAUUUGAACAACCAACAAAUGGGCCAAGCACAAACCGUCUUAAAGCUGAUCUGGAGUCGGACAAUGGGGUAAAAAAAUUGUAAUUCUGAGUCGAAAACUGUGUCACCUUUAAAAGCCACGAUGGUGGAAACUGGAAACUUUUAAAAAACAGGUGCUAAGAAUAAGGGAUAGAAAUCCCUCCGAGGUUCUCUGUGCUCCUCCGCUGCUGAAACUCCCGGGUGAGGGUUUGUACUCAUGUGGUGCUUCUUUUGUUUUAUGAGGAACAUUUGUGGUGGAAAAAAAUAACAAUAUUGGAGUGAAACGAACACACACCAGCUCUGACAACACUACUUCCUGUGAGAGGAAAGGGAAUAAGAGGAGAAGCUCUUUGAACAUGACGAAGAACAAACUGUUCCCGGAUGAAAUGAUGCAGUGAAGAAUCUGGUUUAUUGUAGAUAUCCUGGGAAUGUUAUCAAUGGUGAAAUAAAAAUAUUUUAUGUUUUAAUAUA